GCGAGCUGUGGCGUUUGUUUACCAAAAAUGCGUUGGUUGUGUCGAAUAUCUGGAGAGGAUAUUAUUGAUGUACUCUUUUAUUCUCUGUCGCUAAGCUGUUAACACUGUGAUGCGCGUUUAUUUAGAAUAGAACACGUGUCACGUGCCAGAUUUGUAUAUAUGCUUUAACCUUGGACCUUUGUUUCAAUAAUAUAUUAUUUUCUUUUUAGUUUAUGGACAUUAUGUUUGCGGUUAGAUAAUCAGGUACGUUUACAGUGGUUGUUUUCGUGGCUGUCUUAUGGAUUGCAGUGCAUUAUGAGAGUGACUGAAGGUUUUAAUUUGAAUGGUGACGCGUAGUGGAUUCAUUUGCGGUUUUGAUAGUAUAAUCGCUAAUAUUAUAGCCUCUGCUGACUGAAUAUUUGAAAAAAGCACUGCCAGUAACAAAAUGCAGAGAAAGGGCCGUUUAUGGUUUUAAAAACGCUCCCAGCUGAUGGUUUGUGUCACGGUGAGGUCCCAAAUGAAGAUUUCAAAACGACGGAAAGGACUGACUUUUCGUAGUCUGUGUGCCAGAUAAAUGGCUCAUUUAAGCUGGGCGCUGCCAGAGUGCUCUCAGGGUUGCAGUGCCUAGCACCAGCUCUGCAGGACAACGCCAACAUGAACGGCACUGCAGAGCAGCAGGACAUUCUGCCCCCUCAUUGCAUGGUCAAAGAUCGAUGGAAAGUGCUGAAGAAGAUCGGAGGAGGAGGGUUUGGGGAAAUCUACGAGGCGCUGGACCUGCUGACUCGAGAGAAUGUGGCGUUAAAAGUGGAGUCAGCGCAACAGCCCAAACAAGUCCUGAAGAUGGAGGUAGCAGUUCUGAAGAAACUGCAGGGUAAAAAUCACGUAUGUAAGUUUAUAGGCUGUGGGCGAAACGAUAAAUUCAACUAUGUCGUCAUGCAGCUGCAGGGCAGAAACCUGGCAGAUCUCAGGCGAAGUCAGCCUCGCGGCACCUUUACCAUGAGCACAACACUCCGCUUGGGAAAACAGAUCCUCGAAUCCAUAGAAGCCAUUCACUCUGUUGGCUUUCUCCAUCGAGACAUUAAACCGUCAAAUUUUGCCAUGGGAAGGCUGCCUUCAACAUUCCGGAAAUGUUAUAUGCUAGAUUUUGGGCUCGCAAGACAGUAUACAAACACCAAUGGAGAAGUCAGACCGCCCAGAACUGUUGCAGGAUUUCGAGGGACUGUUAGAUAUGCAUCUGUGAAUGCACAUAAAAACAAAGAAAUGGGUCGCCAUGAUGACUUAUGGUCAUUGUUUUACAUGCUGGUUGAGUUUGCUGCUGGGCAGCUGCCGUGGAGGAAAAUCAAGGACAAGGAGCAAGUGGGUCAGAUUAAGGAGCGCUACGAUCAUAGGAUGCUUCUCAAACACAUGCCGUCAGAGUUUAAUGUCUUCCUGGAGCAUGUUUUAGCCCUUGACUACUAUACCAAACCAGACUAUCAGCUCCUGAUGUCAGUGUUCGAGAACAGCAUGAAGGAACGCAUCAUCACCGAAAACGAGCCCUAUGAUUGGGAGAAAAGUGGGACGGAGACUAACAUCUCUGCUACCACACCGACAGCAGCUCAGCAGAACACGAGACCCACAGCCGCGAUGGUCGGGGUUAUAAAUGUGACCCCGAUGCCAGGCGACCUUCCGAGGGAAAACACAGAUGAUGUUGUACAGGACGAGCACCUCAGUGACCAGGAAAACGCCCCUCCAAUUCCCUCUGGACGGCCAGCCGAUGGCAGCCAGUUGCCCACAGAUGCAGACGGAUGGGAGGAGACAGACUUUAACCGCAACAAACUCAGGAUUAACCUUGGAAAGGGAGGUCAAGAAGAGGACGGUAGCCGGGGUGUGUGUCCUGUGUCACCACAAAGGGGAGGUUUGGACUCUCCAGUGAUGCAGGUUCACUCACUCAGGUACCGACGGGUCAACAGCCCUGAAUCUGAUCGCAUGUCUGCUGCUGAUGGACGGGACGGUUACGGUCAACGCUCUCGAAUGGACAUUCUGGGUUCUCCUUCUCGGCAUGUUUACUCCUCUCAGCCCGCUCAGAUGCUCUCAGUGGACGGUUGCAGAGGCCGCAAUGAAGCCUCCGCGUCGGUGGACCAGGAAGCCCACAGCAAUGCCUUCAUCCGCUCAGUCCCGCUCGCAGAAGAAGAGGACUUUGACAGCAAAGAGUGGGUGAUCAUAGACAAGGAAAUGGAGCUCAGAGACUUCCACCACCUUCCAGGAGCCGAACCCACGACUUCCGGCACCACGGAUGAGGAGCCGGAGGAAUUGCGCCCUCUGGAGGAAGGAGAUGAUCGGAGGAGACACAGAGGGAACGAUCCAUCUGUCAGAACCAAAACGUCCCAUGGAGAACGGACUACACGAGGGAUGCUGCCGCUGACAGAGGAGGAGACGUCUAGGAGGAGUGGGAAAGGCCAGUCCACGUCAAUGGAGAGCCCUGCGCAGUCACCCUGUCACUCGCUGCCCUCUGGACGGCCCCGACGGAGAGAUGCAGAUAACAACGGACCUCAGAGACAGGCCCCAACCCCAAGUGAGCCUCUAUUAUCACCCACUGACUACAGGACUAAAUCCCCAUCCUCUGAGAAGGAGAUGUUCCACAUACUUCCAAAGCUGCAGGCUAAGAGAGCCGACUUCCUCACAGUCAUGCUUACAGGAAGCCUUCACCAGCGCCGGGCCUUCACAGCAACACCGCCAGAGACACAACAUGAGGGGCCCAGAGAUGACGACGUCACAAAGAGCGAAUCAAGCAGCGGAGCAAGUGAAAAGAGUACUGAACGUAGUCAAGAUGGGGCUCCAUCUACCUUGGUGGCCGAUGAUCCACAAAAGGAGCCAAAAGAACCAGGUUCGGUGGCUGAUGUAGAUCCUGACCAAGAAGAUGUCUCAAACACCCUUGUUUUGUUUUCACCAGGAGACACAAAGAAGUCUCCAAAUGCUUUAAACAGGACUGAAGUUGAUCAGGGUGUGGGGAGUUUUGAUGCACCUCAAAAUGAAAACUUGAAUGAAGUUGGUCAAUCAGAGGUCCAGAAACAAGAGGACAUAAAGCAGGCAGAGAGACCUAUAGAUGCAAGGCAACCCGAUAUAACUGGGUUUGACCCAUUCAUACAGCCAUCUAAACCAGUGGUAACCAUCUCAACAACUCCAGUGGCCUCUGCCUCAAUUGCGUCACCCCCUUUCUCCAAAGUGGAGCAAACGUUUGUACACAUUGCAGAGACAACCCAUCUGAAUGUUAUGUCCUCCAGUAGUGCACAGGUUCUUGAAGUUUUAGAGGAGGUUGUAGGCAAAUCACAACCCAAACUGAUAAAGGACAAACCAAUCCUUUCAGAGCCAGGAGGAGCUGCAGCUUGUGUCCAGUCUGAAGUAAUCUCUCAGAUUUUGACAGAGGAAUCUCAGGUACCAAAUGUCCUAGAUGGCUCUUUUACAAAUAAAAAAACAGUAAAGCAAGACGGUCCUACAUUUCCUCUUCGUGUAGAGUCUAUGGAAGCCAUCAUUCAAGAUUCAACAAUUGACUCCAAACAGGACAAUAAACCGAAAGAAGACAUUCAAGAGGGGAGCACAGUACCUGAGAUUGUUUUUAAACAUCCAAGGCCAAGAAGCAGAAGUCGGAUUCCUAUUCUAGUCCCGGAAGAGGACCCAGGAUCUGAGAAAUCCCUGUCCACCAAAGAACGAAUGCGUAGAAGAGCCAUGCAGCAAGACCUGGCCCGUCAAGUUGUGGAAAGACAGCGUCAGGGUCGCUGGAUUAGACUGAAUUCCAGGACUUCAUCCUCGUUAUCUUCUGGAGAUGAGCCCAAGAGGCCUUCAGAGACUCUUUCUACUACAGGCUCGGAGGAAGAUAUUCUGGAAUCUGAUGAUUCCCUUAACAAGCUCAAGAAGGAGGCUGAGGAAAAGCAUCAAACUGGCUGGCACAGCAGGAUCCCUCGACCAGUCACCCCAAUAAGGAAGCCUUCGACUAAACUAGUUGUUGCACCUCCUUUGAGCCAAUCUGAAGCUGCAAAAUUAGAACGAAAAGCAAGCAAUGGCCCGAAAGUACAGUCACAAUCAGGAUCAAGUGCUCCAGCACUUCAUGCAAGAUCAAAAUCAACUCUGUCGCAUUCUACCAUGCCAAGUGGAAGCAAUCGCAUGCCUCUCUCCUGUAUUCCUGCUGCAUCCCGCCGCAGCUUAAGCACCGCAAACUGCACUUUCUCUUCAGCCCGUAUAGCUAGUCCCUCGCCCCAUAGGCUACACUUGCGAACUGCUGUUAUUGAAUCCCGCAAGCAGCCGUUUGCCCUCCGAACCACUGUGGAGCUCCCAGUGAAGUCUAGGACUACUACUUGCAGUGAUCCUGCAAAAGACGCCAAACCAUCACCAAACAAAGCCACCAACACAACUGUCAGGAAUCGAACCAAAGCUUCUGCUCAAUCAAAAAACACAGCUCCCGUUCAAAAGGAAAAAAGCACAAGCAACAAUGCAGCUGCAGCCAGAUAAGACACUGUGACUGCUGUUUACUGGAUUUCUUUCUUCUUAAUUACUUGAAGAUGUCGCCUCAAAAUGUCACCCACCCUAUUGACCAAAUUUUUCUUUUCAAUUGGUUUAACCGUCUUACUAAUAGAUCAUGCAAAUUGUGGAUCCUACACCAAAUCAUUUUAUGUUGUACUAUAAAAUCAAAACCAUGUAAAACUUUCCCAUUAAUGAAAGUGUCUUGGAAUAUAUGGAGGAAAUGUCACAUUAGCUUACAUGGUGCUAUACUGUAUACGUGUCGUUCUGUUGUGCAUAUUCCAUUUAAUAUAUGCUUUUUGAAGGUGUACCUUAAUAUUAGUUAGACGCCAAGUUGUCUUUGACCCUUGACACGCAAUGAUGACAAAUCGAUUCAUCAUCUAAAAAAGAAUCAUACAGUAUAAUACCUCUAUUUAACCAGCACAAAUGAUUAUAAACCACCAGACACACAGAAAGUUACGAAAUCUGCCACAUAUUCAUGACAAAUUGCACAAAUUUUCUCUGGUCUGCAGCUCGGCCCUCUUUGUAAACCUUGUGAUGAUGGGCAUGCCUUGUCUUUAGCUUGUUACAAGUGUUUGAUGAAACUGCUGUAUGCUUGUACAUAUUCUUUUCAGUAUUUCUUGCAGAGACUUCUUUAUUUUUUAUCCGGUAAAGGAAAUGGUGGAUAAGUAUUAGGGGUUUCAUUUUGUUAAUGGAGUUUAUUGUGGGUUCUACACAGAGUCUUGUUUUUUAAGCAUGGCAGAAAUCACACACUCAUAACUGUCAUUACGGAUUAUUUCUAAAUGAACAAUUCCCACAUUAUUUUAUUUAUUUUGUUGCUUUUAUUACAAUGGUGAGA